AUGAACGGAGGUCAAGACGCGGCGCCCAAGGCGUCGAUAACCUCCAGCGCAGAUAGGAUGGUUGGGAUGGACCAUGCCGAAGUACGCUACUUUACCAGUUACGACCAUCAUGGCAUUCAUGAGGAGAUGCUUAAAGAUGAAGUCCGAACCCGCUCAUAUCGCGAUGCCAUCUACCAAAAUAGGCAUAUCUUCAAAGAUAAGAUCGUCCUUGAUGUCGGUUGCGGAACGGGAAUUCUUAGCAUGUUCGCCGUCCGUGCUGGCGCCAAACAUGUCAUUGGUGUUGAUAUGUCCUCCAUCAUUGAGAAGGCUCGCCAAAUUGUGGAAGUCAAUGGGAUGAGUAGCCAAAUCACACUUCUCCAGGGUAAAAUGGAAGAAGUUGUUUUACCAUUCCCAAAGGUUGACAUAAUCAUAUCCGAGUGGAUGGGAUACUUUCUUCUAUACGAGAGCAUGUUAGAUACAGUUCUCUAUGCUAGGGACCGCUAUUUGGUUCCUGAUGGAAAGAUUUUCCCUGACAAGGCUACCAUUUACCUAGCCGGAAUCGAAGAUGGCGAGUACAAGGAUGAAAAGAUAGGAUUUUGGGAUAACGUUUACGGCUUCAACUAUUCGCCGAUGAAAGAUAUUGCGCUGGCUGAGCCACUUGUCGAUACUGUCGAGCUCAAGGCUCUUGUGACAGACCCUUGCCCUGUCAUUACCUUCGACUUAUACACUGUUACCCCACAAGAUUUAGCUUUCCAGGUUCCUUUCAACCUCACCGCUAAAAGAAACGAUUUCAUCCAUGCCGUUAUUGCUUGGUUCGACAUCGACUUCACAGCAUGCCACAAGCAAAUUCGAUUCUCCACUGGUCCCCAUGCAAAAUAUACGCACUGGAAACAGACGGUCUUUUACAUUAAUGAAGUCAUUACGAUUGAAGAAAAUGAGUGUGUCACCGGUUACCUGAGCAAUCGACCCAAUGAGAAGAACAAGCGCGAUCUCGAUAUCCAGCUCACAUACCAGUUCGAGACACCCGAUGAGAACCGCCACACACAAGGUUCUUGCGAAUAUAAGAUGUAG